AUGGAGGAGAAAGACUGUCAGAAGACUGGGAGACCAAAGGCCCAAGAAAGGAAGACUCCAGAGGGGAAGUCGAAUAAGAGGAAAGAAAAGUCAGUCAGAAUACUCAGUACAAGUCAUUCUUUCCAGGAUAAAAGCCCUCUGUUUUGCCAAGAGGAUCUAUGCCCAGCUUCACAGUUGGGGAUGUGGACCAAACUGUACGAAUCAGACCCACGCAUUGCCCUUGGGAAAUACUCCCCCUUGGAAAAAGAGAUAUUACGUCUAGGUGGUGUUCACACAGUAGCAGCAAGAAGGUUUUUGGCUUAUAAGCAAGAGGAAGAACGGAAGAUGCUCAAGGAACUGCAGCUGCUGUCCUCAGACUACAAACAGGCAAUGGAAUAUAAAAAACAAAAUUCAUCUCUUUGUCCUACUUGUGGACCCUUGGAAAAAAUAUGGACAGCAAAGGUGACUGUGCCCCCAGAAGAGUUUGAAAUGCCACAACGAGAAAGGGCCAACAUUAGCAAGCACAUAGAAAGGAUGCAGAUUGCUCGAGCCCUGAGAAACAAGCAACUUUUACCCUACAUUGAAAGGUUUAGGAACUCUUCAUGUUUGUCAGGAGUGGGCCUGGACCCAACAGCAAAAGACAAGGCCAGAGAAGAAGGCGAUAACUUUGACAUAAAUAAUCGUGAGACUGCCAAACAGGAGGAGAAGAAAGAGACAGAGAGCAAACCCACAAAUAGACAAGAAAUAAAAAUGAAUGUGAUUUUCAAGUCAGAAGAACCAAAAAAACGUUUGACACGUAAUGUGAAUGAACGGAGACCAUUCCUCCCCACAAAAAAACUGCAACGGUGCAUCACUGGCCCAACAAACCGAUGCCUGUUCCAUGUUUCUGAAUUCCCUGGAGAUCUGAUGUUAAUGAAUCAGGAUUUUGUAUCUCGGGGAGUCCAUCCCGGUGAUGUGAUGAAGGCCUGCCCACUGAGAAGAUAGAGCAUCUGGGACGAGUACAUGCGCAAAACUA